GGCUCUUCUAUCUUCUCUUAUUUAAACUUAAAAUGCCAUUUACUAAAAGGAAUCAUCAAUGCCCAACCACUCCACUCCAAUUCUUUUAUCUACUCAUUCAACUCUUUAUACCAUAUAACCCAUUUCUCUCCCAAUCUUUUCCACUCUCCCAUGGAACACUACAAUUCCUCUGCCUCCACUUCUUCCUCCUCGAUCAACAUUCUUCCUUCUCCAUCGACUUUUGAUCGAAAAGGAAAAAAAAGGGAUCGAGAUUCAAGAGCCGAUCACACAACAUAUAGGGGAGUAAGGAUGCGGGCAUGGGGCAAAUGGGUGUCCGAAAUUCGAGAACCGAAGAAAAAGUCAAGGAUAUGGCUCGGGACUUAUAGAACCGCAGAAAUGGCGGCCCGAGCCCAUGACGUUGCGGCUCGAGCCAUUAAAGGUGAAUCGGCUUACCUAAAUUUCCCCGAACUCGCGGGGGAUUUACCCCUUCCUAAAUCCUCAUUUCCCAAAGACAUUCAAGCUGCGGCAGCCGCAUUUGCAAAUUCAAUUUGCUUACAAUUAAAUGUAACGGAAGAGCCCAUCCAAGCUAAUUAUAUUCCUACUUCCCAUUUUUCCGACACCUCGAACGAAUCAUCGAAUUCCGUGUCGAUAAAUUGCGAAGACAACUACGAUAGCUCUGUUUUCGACCUUCCUGAUCUUUCCGUGGUUAGUGGGGAUUGGAAUAAUGACAAGUAUAGACUCGAUUACAAGUCGUCAUGGCAGCUAACGCCCGGAGCAGACAUAGAAUUUUGUUUGGACGAGCCGUUUCAUUGGAAGUGUGACUAGUGCUAUUAAUAAAAAUUGAAUUUAUCGAUCGUUUGCACAACCGGGACCGUUUGUCAGCUGUUUAAACGACCGGUGAUAAUGAACCGUGGUCAUGACACAAGCACUGUUUUAGAGUCUAAGUUCUAACUCUAAAUUUGUACUUGUUAUGGUUUGUACAGCCACCUCAUGUGUACUUUUCGGCUCAAAUGUGGUCAAUUAUGAUGUCACUAAGUUGAGACAUGGUUUGGUUUGUUCAUGCUUUUCAAAAUAAGGACAUGUUUUUAUUUUGGAUUAUCUGUAAGCUUGAAAAGGUUACUCAAGAGAGUUAAAUUACUGUUAUGUACUCUGAUAUUAUUGUUAUAAG